GCUGCUGACGGUGGACGGCGCGCUCCUUCUUGCGCCGGGGAGAAAAAUAUCUAACUGAUUUUAUCUGGCAUCUGUAUGGUGAGCGGGCUGUCGCUGGGAUCCCGGAGGUGCACCAUGGCGGCACCAGCCCCGUGUAUUGCGUGAGUCUGGUGCCACUUCUGGAUUCUGAGGGGAUGUUGGGAUGUGUGCGCUGGAUGCUUUACUUUUCUCAUGAAGUGACGGUUGAUGGUGACCUGGCCUUUCCUGGUGACCGGACAUAAGGCUGUAGGCGGUGACCUGGCUCAAACCUGGUGACCGGGCACACGAAGUGGGCGGUGGACUGGCCUAUCUUGGUGGCCAGACACAGGGCGGCAAAGGAGGCAACCGAGCAUAACCUGGUGAUUAGGCGAGGUAACAGGCGGCGGAUGUAGUUUGGUGCGAUCACCAAACGGCCGCACUUCGGGGCAGCCGCGCAGUCCUCGAACACAGCCGAGCACCGUCCAGGCUGGCUGCGUUCACCCGCUUGCAGAGGAGAGAACAAGGAGAGCGAGGGACGGAAACGGAACAAAGAGCAAUGCGCUAAAGAGAGAUGGUACACGUUAGAUAACCCCGAUGGUCGCUUAGAAUAGAGAAAUAGAGAAUUAGAGAACGAAAGAGAAAAGGAAAAGAGGAAUCAAACGACAAUGGAGCGUCCUCCCAGCGGUGCAGGGUCCCGCCAUGCCCAGUGAAGAAGGGAAGUGAAGAGCGGCCCACGCGAAGCCUUCUCCAGCCUUCAGCCUCCAGCCUCGGAGGGUCGAGGUCCAGGCCCGAAGGACGAGUGCGUGUGUCCUGUGCGAGUCUUCCCUUUGUCCGCCUCGCUUUUAUUAAAGUGCAGAAGUGGAACGCAGAAGGAGAUACAACUAGAGAGAAGAUGGAAGGAAUGACCACAGAGUGAAGACUUAAAAAAGAAAAAGAAAAGAAAAGAAAACAGGGAACUGACAAGCCACCUUUGUCACGGUGCCACUGCGUCGUCGUCGUCGUCGCCGUCGAGGUGCCAGGGCGUCGAAGAGCCAAGGUGCCAGGGAAGCUGCGAGGGGAGAACACCGGGUAGCAUGUGAACCUAAGAGAGCACAGGUUGUGGCUCACCAUGACAGAGUACAGCUGGAGGGUUGGGGCCGCUGCUCUGUUGCUGUUACUGAUCGUCCAGCCACUACGGUGCAUGAAGCCGGGCGCUCCGAACCUCAACUACAGGGAGAAGGAGAAGGCCAUCUUAGACGAACUCUUCCAGCAGGAUCGUUACGACAAGCGAAUCAGACCCUCAGGUGUCAACGGAACAGAGGACCCUCCAACCGUAGUUUAUGUCAACCUGAUGCUGCGCUCAAUCAGCAAAAUUGAUGAUUAUAAUAUGGAGUAUAGUGUGCAGCUCAUCUUCAGAGAGGAGUGGGUGGACGAACGCCUCCUUUUCGGCGACCUGGGAGGAGGGAGGAUAAAAUACCUCACCUUGACGGAGACGAACAAGGUGUGGAUGCCUGACCUUUUCUUCAAGAACGAGAAGAUGGGUCACUUCCACGACAUCAUCCUUCCUAACGUAUACCUCAGGAUCUAUCCCAACGGCGGAGUCCUGUACAGCAUCAGAAUAUCUUUGACCCUUUCCUGCCCAAUGAACCUUCAGCUCUAUCCCUUGGAUCGACAAACUUGCGUACUACUUUUAGCUAGCUACGGGUGGACGACGGAGGACCUGGUGUUCCUGUGGCGCGAGGGUGACCCGGUGCAGGUCACGAAGAACCUGCAUCUCCCACGCUUCACCCUCGAGAAGUUCUUCACCGACUACUGUAACAGCAAGACCAACACGGGCGAGUACUCGUGCCUCAAGGUAGACCUGCUGUUCAAGCGUGAGUUUUCGUACUACCUGCUCACCAUCUACAUCCCGUGCUGCAUGCUGGUGAUCGUGUCGUGGGUGUCCUUUUGGCUCGACCAGAACGCCGUUCCCGCGCGGGUAUCCCUCGGGGUCACCACGCUGCUCACCAUGGCAACGCAGACCUCGGGCAUCAACCAGUCGCUGCCGCCCGUGUCCUACACGAAGGCCAUCGACGUGUGGACGGGCGUGUGCCUGACGUUCGUGUUCGGCGCCCUGCUGGAGUUCGCCCUCGUCAACUACGCCUCGAGGUCCGACAUGCACCGCGAGCAGAUGAAGAAGCAGCGGCGCCAGUGGGAGUUCGAGCACCAGGCUGCCCUGGAGGCCGAGCAUCUCGAGUCCGACGGCGCCACGACCUUCGCCAUGAAGCCACUGAUGAGGACACACGGCGACGGUCUCUCCCUGGACAAGGCGCGGCAGUGUGAGAUCCACAUGCAGCCUCCUCCCCCGCGGCGCUGCUGUGGCUCGUGGCUCUCCAAGUUCCCCAGCAGGAGCAAGAGGAUCGACGUCAUCUCCAGAAUCACAUUCCCGCUCGUCUUCGCCCUCUUCAACGUCGUCUACUGGAGCACUUAUCUGUUCCGCGAGGAUGAGGACUGAGACGCUGACGGGGAGACGGGGAGGCGCGCGCCCUUUGUGUUAUGGAUCUUAGGGUAUUUAACGUUAUUUUAAGAGAUCAGGUAAAAGGUGUGUGUGUAAGUGUCGUUAAAGUGACGGAGAGUUCAGUAAGCGUAAUAUGAUGUGGCGGAGAGUUCGGAAAGCUAUCCGACGGGAAGCCCUGGCGAGGCGACACAGGCAGAGCACGCGCCUCGAGGACCAGGCCACGAGAGCCACUCACGGGACGCGGCGGACGCCUGCCUUCGGAGGAUCUGACGGUGUUCUUGUACCUGUGAUUGGCACUUUCCCAGUGAUUAUUCUAAUUCUGUGUUCAUCAACUAUUGUAAGACAUGAGCAAGGUAAUUACGAAAGGAUCAUGUUUCAUUCUUACAUUCAUUGACACUGAAAAUCAGAAGAAAAAGCUGCAUGAUUUUGUUAUAUUGCCAAAAAUAGGUAGAAAUCUUCAUGCUUCAUAUAGACAUAUAACUGUUAUUAUAUGUAACUUACUGAACGUAAGAAACGAUCACUGAUUGUGAAGAACAUGUUAUCAUAUCAUAAGAAAUGGUUAUUAUCCUAAGCUGUAAUUACACGUAAAAAAAAUGUAACCUUGAUCAGGGUGAGGCCAAAGCACUGGAGGCGAACGGUGGCCUGAGGAACCAGUCAGGUGAAGCAGAACAAUCAAGAGAUGUGAUGUAUGGUGUCUAGCUGUGGCAGGUUGUAUAGUGAGUCGCGUCUGUAGGAAAUGUGUACAACGGAAUCAUGGCUACUGUCGCUCCCCUUUCGGGGGCGUGCGCAGCGGCGAGCCAUGCCCUAGGGCAUCAGCCAGGGCAUAUCUGCAUGUAACUUCCAAGGGAACAAUCGCACGAUUUUGCUAAACAAUUGACCAGAUGUGCCUGGUUCAUUAUCAGCUGAUUCAGACCUCUCGUAGGCUCAUAAAAGUCCAUAGGUAUGUCAGUCUUUAAUCGAAAGGAAAGCUUUCAUCAGCUGAAAUCUUUGCAAAUGUAACCUCUUCCGGUAAUGGGUAUAUAUAUUUCCUGGUCAUGUAUUAUAAAACGUACAGGUUACCAUAUACUUAUCUUGUGUGCAUAAUAUUAUAAAGCUUUUGCUCAUGGUACUGUAUAUUCAGAAUUUUUUCAACACAAACGCAUUUUUUCUCUCAACUUUCAUUGCAAUGACAGGAAAUAAGUAGAGUCCAUAUUUAUAUUGCAUAAUAUGUAAUGAAACUGAGGAUUCCGUGAGAGCCGGGGAAGAUGGCAGCACCACAAAGGAAGGUGACGUUUCCUUCGUUCCUUCAGUCCAGUGAAUCUGCAACGGUUGCCAAGCAUGCUCUGUGGCGGUCAGCAAGCCCAGCGAGGAACACUUGUCGCGUCUCGUCAAUGUUGCACUUGCUGAGUUUGUGUGCGAGCGUGGGUGUGGGCGUGUAUGCAGUUUUAUAUAAUUGUGUA